AUGAUACGCACAGCCGCCUCCCGCAGACCGCAGGUUGCGAUUCCAUCACUCAGCGGCGGAGCGCAUCAAGCACGCUCAAAGACAUUCAUCCGCCAAUCCAGCGAGGACAACGAUCACUACUAUACCAUCAACAAACUGGGGCCGUCAUUGCCCAAGAAGCCCCACGAUAGCAAGCUUUUUCGGAUUAGCGAUCUCCUUCUCGACCUCGACGACUUGGACAGCAAGCACGUGCGCCCAUUUGCUCCGGACGACGAGGCCCAGCUGCAGGUGAAAUGGGACGUGAACCCCACACGUGAGAGACUCAAGAGUCGUCUCGGACAGGCCAAAGAACAGCUGGAUCGCUCGCGGCAAAAGUCAUUCGAUAUCAUGAACGGGCCUUUCAAUGCCUGGCGACUGUCAAGUCAUGACAUCCUCUCAGCAGCUCUCCGUGGUGCUCCGACGACUCCGCUGAUCGACUCAGGUGAGGAGGCUCAGCGGGGGGACAUGGGUGACUUGACUGCUUCCGAGGUGUUGGAUCCGCGCAAUCGAUUAGACACGUUCCACACUAUCUGCUCUGAGAAUGCCAUAUCCGACUACGCACUUGGGAAUGAUGAGCUACUGCUGCAAUGGCUCAAGACACGCCAAAGAGUUGUUCAGCUUGGGCGCCAACCGAGUCAGACUCCGCCCUCCCCCGACACAUUCAUUGCGGCGCUUGACGACCAGAUUUCGAUUGCAAGCCUCCGCAGGCUAGUCUCAAAAGCUCUGUCGUCUGGGUUGGACACCACCCUUUUCCAGGUCUCCCAGGCCCCAGGGAAGGAAGCACCGCGCAACUUUUCAUCGGCGAUUCGACGAGCAUGCGGGAGAAUACUAUUCCAAUGCGACCCCCUGUAUCCAGCUCUCCUCGAGACCAUGGCCUUUCUGGGAAACCUAAGACAAAGACUGGCAUCCGAUGGGCUCCACAUCGGAGGCUCUCUUUGUGGACUUGGGCUACAGCUUUCGGCUCGCAUUGCCAACUCAGAGGCAACAUUGAAAUAUCUCGGGCUUGGUUUUGAGCAUAACAUCUGGACCGAGACGCCUGGGCAGAUGAUGAAGGAUGUGCUGUUCGCCCUAGAGACGUAUUCGGCUCAUCUUACCACACCUUCAGAGGCACCACCCCUCGACGUCUCUGGUCGUGAGUCACUCUUGCAAAUUUUAACAGGCCAUGGCGAAGAAGAUGAGGCUUCACCAGUGUCGUUUCGAUCUGUCGCUCUUCUCUUCCUCUCGGAAAAAUCGACUGUCAAAGAGAGGGACGACGCUAUGAAAGCCUUGAGAGCCUAUAUCUCGACAUUGGGGAAGCUCGGGGCUGUCGCGACGUUGUGGAAGGAGUGGCGCUUGAUAGGAGGCGGUGUCGAAGGAAAUGCCCAAACUGGGAAUAAUAUCCAAAACUGCGUAAACGCAGAGGACUUCGUGGCUGCAGUCAGGGCUGCACUAUCAGUUGUGGCUCUGCGCGAAGAGUCGGUUCCGACGCACCUGGGACUGGCGGGCUGUGCCAUGCUGGACUGGCAAUCAAUCGAGUUGCAGAACCCCGAUGCAUGGCUGGGUAGCCAGCAGGAUGCUCACCCAAUUGAAGGAUUCCCCGACGGCGACACCCGUGCAGCGCUAGAUCUUCCUCUAGAUGGUUGGCUGAACGCAGUGCAGCGCGCUGCCGGGCCAAGAGGUGGUCCCCGAAAUACUACUCCGUACUUUGCUAGCCAGCCAGUUGGGCAUGUCAACAAGCCGCCCACAAAUCUUUUUAUUGUCAGGUUUCACCUGCGGCAGUCAGCCAAGGAUCCGGAGGCUUCGAGGCUUCAAGGCCCCAAGGUUCAAUGA